GCCGCCUCGUUGUUCUUACGACGUUUCUCCCAGUAGAGGGCGUCCUUCUUCUCUUCAGGUAAGGUGUAUGGGGAGCGCUGUCUGUGAUACCAGAGCAUUCACCUGGGAGAAAGAGAAGGGUGGGGCCGGGAACAUGUUGAACAAGGACAUGAAAAAAAAACAAAGGAGGGGGUGGAUGGAUGAAACAGGUGUGUUGUGAAAAGCACCCGAAGGCUGGUUAUGAAAACAACCAUGUUAAUCUCUAGCUGUGGUCUGUGGAGCUUUGUGAUUGAUGGCUCAGCUAUGUCACCUCGCUGCAAAUGCUGUACAGUGCUCAACAACAUUACUGGCAAAUGGAGCAGGUUCAUUGCAGAUGAUUGGAUCUGAGCAGUCUUGAGUUCUCUCUCACCAGGAUUGCUCAUGCAGCUUCCAGCAGAGAUCCAUGCAGAGGAGUUGCAUAACUGAAGUCUGCAAAGAUCUUGAGUCCACCCACCAUCAUGGCCAAGGAGAGUGUUGAAUCUGGCCUCUCAUGGGAGGUGAGGGCGAACAGCCACCACUACCACAAACACAAACAGAAGAAAUCCCUCUUAUGUUUCCGCUGGGGGCGAUAUGCGGACAAUGUGGUGCGCAGCUACAAGUACUCCCCCCUGACUUUUCUGCCCCUGACGCUGUUUGAACAGUUCCAGCGAGCGGCCAACCUCUACUUCCUUCUCAUGAUGGUGUUGCAGUGUGUCCCUGUCAUCUCAUCCAUACCAUGGUACAUCACUAUCAUCCCUCUCUUCAUCGUACUCACUGUGAGAGGAAUAAAAGACCUGGCCAACGACAUGGCAAGGAGACGCAGUGACUCUGAGAUUAACUCCCGACCCUGUGACGUACUCAUCUCUCAGAGUUUCAACACAGCACAGUGGAAGGACUUGUGUGUGGGAGAUGUGCUGCGGAUCCACAAAGACCAAGUCAUUCCUGCAGACCUUCUCCUCCUGUGUAGCUCAGAGCCUCACAGUUUGUGUUAUGUAGAGACAGCGGACAUUGAUGGAGAGACCAACCUCAAGUACCGGCAGGCACUCAGUGCCACACACACCAAGCUGACCUCUCACCCUUCAGAGGAGGCCCUCGCUGCCUUUGAUGGUGUUGUGCUCUGUGAGGAACCCAACAAUCGCCUGUACACCUUCAGAGGCCAGCUACACUGGGGAGGAGAGUGUCAUCUGCUGGACAAUGAGCACAUCCUCCUUAGGGGAACAGUCCUACGCAACACAGAGUUUGCUUACGGCUUGGCCAUUUACACUGGCGCGGACAGUAAGAUCCUGAGGAACUGCGGGAAACUGAGAGUGAAAACGACACGAACGGAAAAAGUUUUCAACAGGGUGGUGAUCGGGAUAGUCCUGUCCGUGUUGCUAGCAGCUUUAUUUCUUGCUAUUGGCAACGGUGUGUUUUCGAGCCGGGUCAUGGGCCAGAUGGGGGUUCCAUCUGGUCUGGUGGUUGACAGCAAUCCAGCCUACACUGGUUUCCUUGCCUUCUGGAGCUACAUCAUCCUGCUCAGCCCGGCCAUGCCCAUAGCCCUCUACAUCACGUUUGAGCUGAUCCACACGGUCCACAGCCUUUUUAUUGGCUGGGAUUUAGAGAUGUAUUGGCAGCAGGCAGAGAAACCGGCCCAGGCUAGGAAUACCUCACUGAGCGAGGAGCUCGGCCAAGUGGGAUACCUGCUGAGUGACAAAACUGGGACACUAACUCAGAACCGCCUGCUCUUCAGACAGUGCUGCAUAGCGGGGGAGAUCUAUGGCGAUGCAUCAGUCAGGGCAGAAGAUGUAGAGCCCAUGGACUUAAACUGGAAUCCAUACUCCUGCGGUGGUCUGUUCAUGUCGGCUCCCAGCCUGGUGGAGAAGCUCAGAGGACAGCAGUGUCCGCUCAGCCGUCAGUUCCUUGCAGCACUGUCUUUGUGUCACACUGUCAUGGCAGAGUGGAAGGAAGAGGCUCCAGUUUACCAGGCUGCAUCCCCAGAUGAAGAGGCUCUUGUUGGUGCAGCCAGGGAGCUGGGUUGGGUCUUUCUAUCGAGGACAAGGGACUUUAUUGUUGUCUCCGAGCUGGGUGUUAUUCGACAAUAUCAGCUGCUGGCACUGCUUGACUUUACCAGCAAGAGGAGACGGAUGUCUGUGCUAGUUCGGGAGCCAGAGGGCGGGUUAAAACUGUACUGUAAAGGGGCAGACAUUGUGAUCCUCGAGAGACUGCAGAAGGACUUUCCAUAUCAGGAAAGGACUGAAGAAGCGCUUGAGCUGUUUGCUCAGGCCUGUCUGAGGACUUUGUGUAUUGCGGUUCGAUCUGUUCCUGAGGCAUCAUGGGAGCAGUGGAGUAAAACUCUGGCCCAGUCUGCUGCCAUGGCAACCAGUGACCUGGACGCACUGCUGGAAAAGCUAUAUGAUCAGAUGGAGACGGAGCUGCAGCUUCUGGGAGUGACCGCCAUAGAAGACCGGCUUCAGGAGGGUGUUCCUGAGACUAUUGCUCUGCUUAAAAAGGCUGGACUUAAAGUAUGGGUACUGACUGGGGACAAAAAAGAGACUGCAGUGAAUAUUGGAUAUUCUUGCAGACUACUGGAUCCUGAUACCAGAUUACUGGAAUGGCAGGAGCUGAGGCAGAUACUCCAGGCCCCAGACCCAGGGGUCAGUUUCUUCAAGGCCAGACAGACAGAGCUGUGGGCUGUAGACACGGAGACGGCUGGAGCAAAGACUGCUGUGGUCCUCACUGGACCUGAGCUGGCAGAGUUUGAUCAGAGACCAGAAUGGGGAGCCACGUUCAUGAGCCUGGCAGAACAGUGUCAAUCUGUGCUGUGCUGCCGUGUGACACCUGGACAGAAGGCCGACAUCGUCACAUUGGUCAGGAAACACACCACCUCAAUCACCAUGUCCAUCGGGGACGGUGCCAACGAUGUAAACAUGAUCAAGACCGCUCAUGUCGGUGUUGGACUUGCAGGUGUGGAGGGAGGUCAGGCAGUGCAGAACGCAGACUUUGCAUUGUCCCAAUUCAGGUUUCUGCAGAGGCUGCUGCUGGUCCACGGGCGCUGGUCAUACAGGCGCAUUUCCCUCUUCCUGCGCUACUUCCUGUUUAAGACUUGUGGCUUUGCUCUUGUCCACGUGUGGUUUGGUUGCUUCAAUGGCUUCAGCGCUCAGUCUCUGUAUGAGACAUGGUUCAUCGCUCUCUACACAGUCUUCUACACAGCGACCCCAGUUAUGUGUUUGGCCUUCUUUGAACAGGAUGUGAGUGCAGAGAGCAGCCUGAAGUGGCCGGAGCUGUACAUGACUGGACAGAGACACGAGCUCUCCAGCCCCCUGAUGCUAUCUCUGUCGCUCCUGUAUGCCGUCUACUCCUCGCUCGUUCUCUUCUUCAUCCCGUUCGGAGUUUUCUACAACACAGCCUUCGACUACCAGACCAUGGCAGUCACUGUCUCCAUGGCAGCCACAUUUACCGCCACAUUUGAGAUCAUGCUGCUGACCAAAUACUGGACGAAGUUCAGUCUUGCGGCUCUGUGUGUCUCUGUGGUGAUGUUCUUCAUCUGUACCAGGAUCACCCACAACAAACGCCUGUUUGAGAGAGAACCCUACGAAUACAACUUCAUUGGUGUAUCUGAUAAGGCAUUCAUUGAUCCAGUUGUGUGGCUCACAGCUCUGCUCACCUCCUGGACGGCUGUUUUGCCCUCAAUGACCGCUCUCGCCCUUAAUGUCAUCCUCACUAGCCACGACAAACACAAGGUCCACAGUGUGUCCCACCAGCCUGUAGCGCUGAACUCAAGGUUCAGGAGAGGGACACCUCUCCGCCGUUCCUCUUACGCUCUCUCUCAGGGAGCUGGGCCCGGACGCCUCAUCACCUCUGGGACCUGCAUCCGCAGCACAGCGCCGCCGAUGGAUGAGAAGGUGACUGCAAGUAAUAACUCCACUGACUCACAAGUCCAGAUUCACAUUAAGGACAAUAAUAACUCCCUGAAUGGCACAUGAAUAACGUGUUUUUUAAUAGGAAAAUAUGUGAAUUUGUAGAUUUUUUCUGCAACAUUAUAUUUCUGUAUUUUCAUGUUUUUGUGGGCAAUUCUUAGUGGAGCCAGCACUCUUUUGGAUGACUACUAUUUUCCAAUAAAGUAAAUAACAUAAUAUACAAAAUACAUUAUGUACCACAAAUCUAGUUUAUUACCUUUACAUAGACAGUUUACCUCUGUAUGAAUAUCUCUCCUCUCUGUUGUAUAAGACUGUUGUGGUGAAAAUCAAAUAUCCAUCUGCUAGGGUCACAGGGGAUUCCCGUCAAAGAUCAAACCAAACACAAUAAACCAACAGCAUUGCUUUGUUUUACAAUUGUUUUAUUUGUUAAUUUAUUUCAAAACACGCAAUUUUACCCAUAUUAUCCUUUUAAGUUUUUAUUUUUCUGUAACAGUUAUUACUCAGAUUUUUUUCCUUCUCAAAAGUCUCAACUAGAGUGAAACUAAAAGUCUUCCACAGGCUCUCCGGCUUCUGCAGUGGGAGGAGGGAAAAGAGGCUUUCUGACUAGACGUUGUGAGUGGGUUUAUCCCUCGUUUCUGUGUUGGGUGCAAGUGUGUGUGUGUGUGUGUGUGUGGGAGUUAUGUGUAUGUUAUGUGUGUGUGUGUGUGUGUGUAUUUAAGUGCAAUAGGUGGAAUGUCCACAUGGCCGGUAAAUCACAGGACCCGUAGAGCAGCCCAGAGAGCUGAACAUUGUCUUCUAGGUUUGGUAGCCAGAUUGUCAUACCUCUGAUUUCAUCUUUGGUUUCAGCAAACACUCUCAAAAGGCAGACUCACCCUCUCCAGCAUGUGCCUGUGUCUGUUUGUGUGUCUGUCUGUCUGAGUGCAAUAUAAGCCACCAUCUCCAGACGACUUUGUAAACUUAAGUAAGUACAAUGUAAGUGUCUUUGCAUUGAUUGUGGCCCUUCCUUGGCUCUGGGGACAAAGACAGUCAAACAUUGUAGAACAAUGGAGCCAUGAGCGGGGAGGAUCAGCUUGCAAACAUCAACAUGGACUCCAUUUUGAUGUCAGUGGCAGUUUGGGGCAUUCGUGUAAAGCUGUACGACAUCAGUCUAGUGAAGCAUGGGGCCGCUGUAGUGCUCGUCUUUCCCCAGCCGCUCUCUACUGUACCCUGAGCGACUGGGGGUUUCUCUGCCGGCUCCGGGCUCAUGAGAAGUGUGUAUGUGUGUGUGUGUGUGGGGGGGUGACAGGGGAAGAGGUCAUGGAGGUCAAAGUAUGAGUAUUGAAAUGAAGGGUGGGGUUGAGGGUUGUACACUCUGACCCAGCAGCAACGAUUAAGAUUGGGGGGGUCAGGUGUUUGCAUAGUUCUCUGUGCAAAAGCCACCAACCGGAGCCAUUUUUAUUCCUCGCGGUUGGUUACAUCAUCAUUAGAUUAGCAGGAAAUCGUGGCAGGUGAUGGAAAAUAUGGUCUUUGCACCACAGCUUGUUUUUUUUUUUUUUUUUUUUUUUUUUUUUUGUACUCCAUUGCACUACAUGGUGGCAGGUGGGUGAAAAAAGUGACAGGGAUGAGGAGGGAGUGAAUUUAAAGUGUUUAAUGAGUUUUCAUUUUUGUUGCGUAUCACGUCAAGCUUGAACUUUACUGUCAGAUUCGGCUGUGAUGAGGUGGAAGGACUGAUGUGUCGGAGAAUGAGGGGUGGUGGGUGUUGGUUGGGGUGGGGGGCAGUCGUUUGGCAGUCGGGCACUACAGCUCAUCACGAUUCAGAGAACCUCUUUUCCCUUGAUUUUGUUCUUCCGUCCUCCCCUUCCAUCCUCCCCACUGGCCUGCCCUCUCUCUACCUUUCUUGUUUUGAAACUGAUUGUCUUCUACCAUCACAAAGACACUUGGUUCUGAUUGAUUAACAGGUAACAGAAGAGGGAGAGCACAGUGUGACUGGGGGUGUCUACAUCAGCCCCAUUGGCGACACAUUUGAUCCCACGGUGAAAUGGCACACACAUAUGCUGUUUGACAGGAAAUGCUGACAACAUUUCUGGUGGGAUGACCGGUUGCCAAAUGGCACUGCGGUUGGUCGGUCGGUCAGUCAGUAAGAAAUGGUUUCAAAUUUUUGCAUGACAAAUAUUGCAACCCAUAGUAAAGGAACAUAAAAAAAAGAAAACACUUUGUCUUCCACAUUGAUACAAAUGAACACACAUACCACAGAUUGAAGAAAAGCAUGUAGACAGACAUACAGGUAUAUUCAAGGCCGCUCGGGCCUGUGUGUGUCCUAUGAUUAACUCCAAGUAAACAGCCUGUCUUUGGAAAAGCAAGACACACAUUUCAGGACCCGAGCGAGGACCACAAGCUGAGGAAUGAAGAUUGAAUGCUAUUGAUUGGGAGGAGAGGAGUUUGACCUCCCCCAGCACACACUGCCCCCUACUGUCUGGAUUUAUAUACAUCAAAGAAACAUGGGGAAAGGGGAAGGGUUGCAACAACACAUGCACACAACCAGUGAAUCCAACAGUGACGGAAAAUCUAAAAACAAGGACCCCUCCAUGGCCUAAAACCCAAAUCCUCCCACCCUUCUUUUUUUUGUUGUUUUGAUAACCAAAAUAUCCCCCACCCCUUCUCCACCCACUCCCAAGUCUUUCCAUCCUCCUCCUCUCCCCACAAAAUCACAGGUCAUUCCUGUUGGUUUCUAUACAGUUAUACAAUAUCCAUGCACAAAAGAAAAAAGCGCACCUUCUUUUCAAUAGGAGGUGCUGGUCUUUAAUAUUCUAAGAACAUCAGGAGCACUUGAACACACCCAGGAACCUUCAAAAGUAACUGUGAAAUUGUUUUUUUUUUUUUUUUUUUCUUUUUUCCAGAGAAAAGACAACUUAAAGGCAGAAGAAAGCUAACAAUGAGUAAAAGGUUAUUCCUCCUUUGGUUUAACAUCAAAUUUUUGGUUUAAAAUUCAGCCCAAAUCAUAUUUUUGUCAUAUCUUUUUCUUUUUUGUUUGUAUUUUCCUUUAAAUAUACCCACCAAUGAAAGAGCUUUGAACUAAACAUCAACAAAGUGAGUAGCUCUUGCCCCCUCUCUCUCUAUUCUAGCCUUCUCUUCUGUCUCUUCUUUUCUCAUCUAACCCUCCACAGAAACAUUCACAAUGUCUUUUCCUUUAUGAAAACAGUAAGUACAUGCCGUAGCAAAAACAAACGAGAGAACGUACGAGAAAAAUGAGCAAACAAAUAAAAGGAAUUUAACAGUAUAAAGCUUCAAGUCACAAGUUCCAAAACUAACUAUCAUAGUAUCAUAGUUUCAUAAUCAUUGUUAUCAUUAGCAGUAUUAUUUUCAGUUUAAAUUACAUAAAGUUUACAUGAAAGGUUUUUGAGGUAUUUCAGAAUUAAUUGUCAACACAUGCCUACCGAGUCUUAGCACUAGCCAGGGGGAGAGGUCGACUGGACAGACAAGGUGGAGGGAGGAGAAAAUUUGUGUCUAUGAACUGUCAGUGAGUCUUCCACACUUUUCUAGUGCAGCCUCUGUGCUUGCACGCAGUGGAGAGGGAGAGAGAUAGAUAGAGAGAGAGAGAGAGAGAGAGACAUUUAGUGGUAAGAUUUUACAACUACAGCCCUCCGAGCGCUUGGAUCCUCUGCCUUUUUACCCCCCUCUUUCUCUGUUACACAAAAAUAUCUCUGAUGUGAGAGAGGUAAAAGUGGCUGAGAGUAAAAGCACACGGGGCAAAAAGAAAAAAAGAAAAGGAAAAAAAAAUCAGGCUGUGAGCUACUAGAAGAUCAACGAUACAGUAACAAAGACUCUGACAGAUUAAGGAGUAACAUAUAAUUUUGUUUCAAAUAAAUAGUGUAUAGAAAAUGUUUUAUAGACUUUCUACAUGAUAAAGUGCUUGUAUUCUAGUGUAUCAAGAUGGAAAGUCAAUAUGGGAGAAAAUGCUGACACAGCCCCCACUCUGUGUCCCUCUCUUUGGCCCCCCCUUUCUGUCCAUCCAAUUAUGGGUGCAUUGUCUGUGUGUGAGUGCAUGUUUGUAAAUGGGUGUGCAGUUUUAUGCAUGCACCCGCACGGCUGUGUAUGUUUGUGUAUGUGUGUGUAUGUGUCCAGUGCAGUCCCACCCGUGGUUGAAGGGAAAAGGCACUCAACUCUGUCUGCAAGGCAGCCACCUCCUCCUAUGUGGCACGAUGCAGUCUGACUGCGCUGUUAGUACGAACAUGUAUGCGUGCAUGUACGUGUGUGUGUCUGUAACAGUUUUGGGCAAAGAGUGGGGGGCUCUUUUUUUUUUUUUUUUUUGGGUUUGUGUCCCCCUAGGCAGUUUGGGACCGGUAGGCUGCAGUAUCUUUGGUAUUAGUGGCGGUUUCACAAACCACUCAGCUUAGUGAGGUAGCCACAUUGGUUCUCACUACAAACAAAUGCCAUUUUGUCAGCCUAAUACCUAGAGCUGAAUCUAGCUAUUUACCUAUGCUCACUGAACUGUAUACCACAAAUUGAUUUUUAGCUCAUCUUCCUUUGGUGACUUUAACUCACUGCUUACAGCAAUGUGAAGUUAGUCGGUACCUCCCUCUUCUACGACGACCAUCUCUUAUCUAAUCUGCACCGCUAAUCUGACUACAUUGUUGGAAAUGCUACAGUUGCAUCUUAAGACCAUACAGAUAACUAUUGAGUCCCGAGCUUUGACCCCCCAACCCGCCCUCCAAUAAAACACACUGAAUCAGCCAGUACAUUUGGAGGUCAUUGUUUUGUCCCCCUCCAUUUUUACCCCAUUCUUGGGGGCUCAGCUUAAAGGGGGCUGAGAGUACCACAGUUCUGACAUGAAAUGCCAAAAGAGAGAAAGCGUCCGUCAUUUAUUCUUCUCUUCAGCAGCUCCCUGUUUUUCUUUUUUUCUCUUUCUCAUGGUAAAUGUCUCCUCCGAGUCUAUAUUCACAUAGAAUGCAAAAAAAAUACGUCCUUCAUUGGCCUCGGUCCUUGCAUCCCUCUUUUUUUUCCUUUUAAAAAGUCCUUCCUUUUUUGUUUUUGAUUUAUCAACAAGGUGCCUUACUUAUGCACAACAGAGCACAAUAGUAACAAGAAAUAGAAACUUUGUGUCUAUGGUACUAAUUAAAUACCCGCAUCAAUAUAGAGAGGAAGAGAGAAAGAGAGGGGGGCAAUGGGGUUAGAGGGAAGAGGAGGUAGAGAACCAAAGACAGAAUGAGAGAUUUUUUUCUUCUGCUUCAAAAUGUGUCCAGUUAUGUGUUGGAGACAUUUUCUUUUGUUUGUAACACAUACCAUAUUGUGUGUGUGUGUGUAGUAUCUUUGUCAUUUGAGGUUUGGUUAUUGUAUGCCUUAAAAUCUGAUUCUUUUUCCUGUUUCUGUUUUUUUUUACUAAAAAAGUAUAUUUUAAUUCAGUUAAAAGCUGAUUGUUGGUUGACUACGGCACACACCGCCCGUCGUCAGUGGGGGCGCACUAUAGCUAUGUGUGAACCCUAGUACCAUAUUCUCUGAUUCGCAUUAAGGCAGUAAGCAUUGGCACUAAUUAUUGUAGCAUUUUGUCAGCUGAGUGUGGUGGUUAGCUACUGAUAACCCUUGUGUGGGAGUAACCAGGAGAUUUGCUUUGAAUCACAUAUGUUGAGAGCUUUUUCUUUUUUGCAAACAGAUGAAAAAUGGAAGAAUGAUUUGAAAAAAUAUGAAGCCUCCCAAAAUAACGUAAAUUAAACCUCCACUGCACCUCAAAAGUGCCUGUCUCGGUAAGCCUUUCCGUUACAUUUUACUGUUAAUUGUUGUACAUUUCUAUCCCCUCUUUCUGUAAUUUCUGUGUUUGUAUUGUGGACACUCUGUACGAUUUUGAUUGGUUAAAUAAAUCCCUGCCUUUGCUAAAUCCCUGUGUUUUCAGCGUUUAGUUUAACCAUCCCCCUCCUCCGGCUUCACCAGUGCUGGUUGGAUGAAGAACAACAAUAGGAUAAUGGUUAGCUAUUGAUCUGCCUUCAAAGAGCUGUGAGGGCCUGAAUGUGUUGUGCCAUGACU